GAUUUGCUGCCGGCGUAUAAAAACCAACAUACUUCUCAGCAUCCGAAUCAGUUUCAAUCAAAAUUUCUAACAAACAAGUUACUUCCGCGAGUUUUUGUAACCUAAUUCAUACAAAAUGGCCAAGUUUAUGAUGCUUCUUGCCCUGCUGGUUGCCUUCGUGGCUCUGGCUAGUGCCCAACACGGACACGGUGUCGGUGGAGGCUUUGGCGGCGGACACGGAGGUGGUGCUGGAUUCGGCCAGGGAGUGGGAGGAGGCCACGGAGGACAUGGACAUGGUAAUGCCGGAUUCGGAGCGCACGGUGCCCAGGCUUAUGGUGGUGGCGGUGCUCAUCACGGCCAGGCUCACGGACACGGACACGGACACAGCCAAGGACACGGACAUGGACAUGGACACAACCGUGGACAUCAUUAAGCUUUGUCUCUAGUGUUAAAUAAAUAAUUUAUUUUUACUUUUCA